AUGGAACAGAAUAAGGAUAUUUUUUAGACUCUUCAGCCAUUGUAGAUUCUUGAUAAAACUUAUGAAAGACCGCCUAUAAAUAAAAAUUUCUUGAGAUUAUAUGGCCAUCAUCUUUGCCCAUAUGUUGAAAAAGCAAGAUUAGCUUUAUUAGCUAAAAAUUUGGCGUAUCAAGAUGUGCAAGUCAAUCUAGAAAGAAGGGCCAAAUGGCAUUAUUUGCUUAAUGAAGGCUUUUUGCCAAUUCUUGAGACUCCACAAGGCAACACUAUUCUGGAAUCUAGAAUUAUUAUGGACUAUGCAGAAGAAGCAUUUCCAAAGGAAGGAGUGAAACUCUAUUCUAGUGACCCAGAGGAGAAAGCCUAUUAAUAAAUGAUAAUGAAAUUUUUCGAUGACGUAGCUUCAGCUAUGUUUGAGGUAGUGCUUUCACAUGGUACAUCAAAAGCAGGAGCUUAAAAAUUACACAAAGUUUUUAGCAGACUAGAAGCUCUACUGAAGCAAUCAUCGACUCAAUUUUUCAAUAGCCAAGAUAAAUACACAAUGGUUGAUAUCUUUGGUUUACCUCAUGUCUCAAGAAUAUUUUAUUUAAAAGACUCCGCUUUAAACUUUUUAUACGAAGAAGAAAAAAUAGAAGAGAAAUAUCCAAAACUCAGAUAAUGGGUUUAUCACAUGAGAGCUUAGCCAGAAAUAUGCUAAGAAAAAGGUGGAGUAAUCAUAAUAAAAGCCUUUUAGCUUUGGACUGAGGAACUUAUUACUCUACCAAAAGGUACCAAACCACCUCUCAGAAUCCCUAUGAAGCUUUGA